AUGAAGGUUAACAUCGAUUUUGAAGGUGUAAAUCGCCAACUUAUAGUGCGAGAUGAUGCAACUGUUUUAGACCUGAAAAUGAAAGUUCAGGAGACAUUUGGUUUUCUAGCUACGAACCAAAAACUCUUUAUCAACGGUUCGGCAAUGGUAGAUGAUUAUAGCAAAUUGGUAAGUUAUGGAAUGGUGGAUGGCGCUAAUAUCAGUUUCCGAUUUAAAAUCUUGAUUCAAGGACAACCAAACCAGUUUGGAAAUUCCAAAGAGUAUGAGCUAUUUGUUGACGGUAGUAACACAGUUCUGAACUUGAAGCAAAUGCUUAAUUCUGAGUAUGGAAUUGACAUUAGAACAAUCAAAUUCAAAAUGGACAAUAAUGAUAACCUCGAUGAUAACACUAAAAUCUGGAAUUAUAACAUAAAACCUGGUAGUUAUUUGCAUAUGAUUUAG